AUUAAGUUUACUGAUCAACAACUUUGUUGAUCGUUUAUGUUAAUUUAUCAUAAAACUGCAAAUGUAAACUAUAAAAAAAGAUAAUUUUUUAACCUCGUGUUGACACUCCUGCCUUGAACAUUGGACUACAUUGGACUAAUAACACAGGCGGGAUGACAUACAUAAUAGAACAUAAUAUAUGUAUCAAAAAAGUUGCUGCGUAGAGAAGACAAUGCAGGAUACCACUAAAAAGAAGUAUUUUGAAGUGUUUUAUACAUCUACGAUAAACAGAUUGCAAAGCAAAAUAAAUCCUACAUAGGAAAUUUAUCUUUCGACAUGAUGGAAUUGCAAGAAAAUAGUGCUAAAAGACAAUCGUGCUAUAAAUUUUGGCAGAGUGUACCAGAACGCAUAUCCAGGGGGGUGGAACAUUUUUUUUAUCGGCUUGGAGUAAAUAUUGCGCAAAGUCCACUGAAAUGGAUGCUUGGAUGUUUUGUGAUAAUACUACUCUGUAUCUUAGGAUUAUUUCGCUUUCGACAGGAGAAGAAUCCUGUAAAGCUUUGGGUUCCUCCGGAUAGUGAUUUUGUGUCAGAGACGGACUGGCUAAUGUCGCAUUAUGAAGAAGCUUUAAGGAUUGAAACAUUUAUUUUAACUGGUGAUAAUAUCUUAGAACAGAAAGCACUCAUUAAGUUAAAUGAAAUAACUAAACAAAUAAUGAAGCUCUCUACUCAAACACAAAAUCAGAACAUUUCUUGGACAAAUGUUUGUAUGAAAAUUCCUACUAUUUCUGGUCAAAUGUAUAGAAUGAAAAGAGAAAGCUCUCACAUAGAAGAUAAUUUUUUUGAUGAUGAUUUUGUUUCGAAAAGCAAUAAAUCUUCGUUUGAGCCUGCUGUUCAUGUUAAUCCUGACUUAUAUUGUAGUAUACUUGAAAGUUUACCUAAGGCUUGUGUUAUGUUAAGUAUUUUAGAUAUAUGGAAUUUUAAUAGCGCAGAAAUUGAGAAAGAUUCUAUAGACAAAAUCAUCACAAAAAUAAAUACAAUAAAAGUCAGCCCCACAUUGGGUCAUCCUAUAGACUUCAGUGAGCUUUUGGGAGGCGUAACUCUAGAUGAGAAUGGUUGGAUUAUAGCUGCAACAGCAGUAAGGACCGAUUUCAUGGUUCACGUUAAUUUUCGCAAUGUGGAUAUGGAUAAAAUUGGAAAUGCUGCAGGAACUGCUGAUUGGGCAACACCGGAUGUAUUAGAGUGGGAGUUAGCUUUUUUGAAAAAAAUGGAAAAGUUUUCAAACAACUUGAAAAUCGAGGAAAAUAAGAAUAAUUCUUUGGUGCUUUAUUAUCAAACUGGCAGAAGCUACGGCGACAUUACUGCAACGACCAUAUUUCAAGAUAUUGAUAAAUUGGCUGUGGGAAUUAUAUUAAUGUUUUUAUAUGUUUUGACAAUUUUGUCAAAUCAUAAUUGGGUAGAAUGGCGGUUCUGUCUCACUAGCACUGGCAUUUUAUGCGUGGGCGGUGCGUUUAUACUCGCGAUAGGAUUAUGCUCUCUAAUCGGAAUUCCAUAUGGCCCGAUACACACAUCUCUACCGUUUUUACUCUUGGGUCUUGGGAUAGAUGAUAUUUUUGUAUUUCAUGCAUCUUGGAAUCAGAUACACACUGACGAAUCGAAUUUGGAAAAAUCACUAACGGAAAGAAUUGGACUUGCAUUAGGCCAUGCCGGUUCGGCUAUUACUGUUACUUCGUUUACCGAUGUCGUGGCAUUUAUCAUUGGUGCUUCCACGAUAUUACCAUCGCUUCAAUCGUUUUGCAUCUAUGCCGCGGUGGGCGUAUUUGUAACAUUUUUAUUACAAAUUACAUUUUUUAUUGGCUGCUUUACCUUGGACGCUAAAAGAAUAGAACGGAAACGAAACGGAAUGUUACCAUGUAUUGUGCAUGAAAAUUUCACACCCAAACCAUUGGAUCCAAGCAGAGCUCUCUCUUGGAAAUUUAUAAACGCUUUAUAUUCCCGCGUAAUAUUGACUGCACCUGGGAAAAUUAUUGUAAUAAUAAUUACGCUUAUAGCAAUGUCUAUAGGUAUCGUGGGUUCACUUCAGUUGGAACAAUGGUUCGAUCCAAGCUGGUUGUUGCCCAAAGGAUCACAUUUAGAACAAUAUAUAGCCAUCACUAAAGACACAUUUCCUAAACAAGGAUUUGAGGCCUUUGUUAUUAUGAGAGACAAUGUCAAUUACUCUUCUGAGUUUCCUAAGAUAAUAUCUUUAACAGAACGCUUAAAGAAUACAUCUUUUGUACAAAGUAUGGACCCAUGGCCGACUCAAUUUGCGACAUUCGUGUCGACGCAUUUUAACACAGAUUUGACGACCACGGAGAUCACAGACGACGAUUUUCAUAGUUACCUGUCGAAAUUUCUGUUCAGUCGCAAUGGUGGCAAAUAUCAGAGAAAUUUCAUUUUCAAUGAGAAGCUUAAAUGCGGUAGGAAAGCUCCGAAAAUUCUGAUAGCGACCAUUGACUUCCAGUUUCUGCGAUUCAAGGGGCCUCACGAGUGGAUUCCAGCAAUGGAUGACAGUAAACGCUUUGCGAGCGAGGCCGAAAUUCAUGGACAUGUGUCGGUGUGGUCCAAAGUAUUCCCACCCUGGAUAACCGACAAGUUAAUUGCCCAGGAAGUGUUGCGAAAUCUUAUAUUGGCACUAAUUUGCGUCAUGGGUACCACAGCGAUUCUCAUCGCCGAGAUGCAGACCUGCUGUUGGAUUUUAUUCUGUGUACUUCUCACGCUGCUAAACGUUUGCGGCUUCAUGUAUUUUUGGGGAUUGACGAUAGACGUGGUGUCCUGUAUUGGUCUCGAGCUAGCUGUCGGUUUGAGCGUGGAUUAUGCUGCACACGUCGCGCACGCCUUCCUGAAUGCCGAAUCGCAAGAGGAUGACGAUAAUGCUCGUACAACGCGAGCUCUAAUCGCGGUCAGGCACAUCGGUGCGGCAGUUGCAUACGGCGCAGGUUCGACGUUGCUCGCCGUUUCGAUGCUGGCCUUCUCGACGUCCUACAUAUUCAUGGCCUUCUUUCGGAUAUUCUCCUUGGUAAUCCUGUUUGGACUUUGGCACGGGUUGAUCCUGUUACCGGUCGUGCUAAGCACCAUCGGACCGCGAAGUUUGCGCGUGAUGCAGCGGCCGCAACCGAUGUCGGAAAAAGCCGUUGUUACUGACAAUGAAGAUUGAAGUGGAGAUACGGAUAGUUUGUUCACGCACCCUCUUUAUCAAUAAUAUUUAUUUUUGGUUCAAUAAACAUACAAAAUUAUUACACUA